AUGGCUCACGACACCGCCGGGUCCGAUUUCUUCUUCAAGGGAGAGAGCGGACGCAACACGCGAGGCCUGCUCCGUCUGAUCAUCCUCUGCACCAUUGCCGCAGCUGCCAUUUCCGCCCGUCUCUUCUCCGUCAUCCGCUUCGAGAGCAUCAUCCACGAAUUCGAUCCUUGGUUCAACUUCCGCGCAACAAAAUACCUGGUCAGCAACGGCUUCUACAACUUCUGGGACUGGUUCGACGACCGAACAUGGCAUCCUCUCGGUCGUGUCACCGGUGGCACGCUCUACCCGGGUCUGAUGGUCACCUCGGGUGCCAUCUACCACGCCCUCCGCGCGUUGGCGAUGCCCGUCGACAUUCGCAACAUUUGCGUCCUUCUCGCACCCGCUUGCUCUGGUCUCACGGCCUUUGCAACAUACCUCCUCACCUCCGAAAUCAGCGACAGCCCCUCCGCGGGUCUCCUAGCUGCCAUCUUCAUGGGAAUCGCCCCAGGAUACAUCAGCAGAAGUGUGGCUGGUUCGUACGAUAACGAGGCCAUUGCCAUCUUCCUGCUGGUCUUCACCUUUUACCUGUGGAUCAAGGCUGUGAAAGAGGGAAGCAUCAUGUGGGGAGCCCUGACAGCGCUUUUCUACGGAUACAUGGUCAGCGCGUGGGGUGGAUACGUCUUCAUCACCAACCUGCUGCCUCUGCACGCCUUUGUGCUGAUUUGCAUGGGACGCUUCAGCCCGAGACUGUAUGUCAGCUACACGACCUGGUAUGCGUUGGGAACGUUGGCCAGCAUGCAGAUUCCCUUCGUUGGAUUCCUUCCAAUCCGCAGCAGUGACCACAUGGCUGCUUUGGGUAUCUUUGGUCUCAUCCAGUUGGUCGGCGCUGCCGAGUACGUCCGCUACCAGCUGCCAUCCAAGCAGUUCCAGACCCUGCUUCGUGCAAUGGUCUUGAUCGUCUUUGGUGUUGCAUUCGGUGGCCUGGUACUUCUGACGGUCUCGGGAACCAUUGCGCCAUGGAGUGGCCGUUUCUACUCCCUCUGGGACACUGGAUACGCCAAGAUCCACAUUCCCAUCAUUGCAUCCGUUUCUGAGCAUCAGCCUACUGCAUGGCCUGCCUUUUUCUUCGACUUGAACAUGCUCAUCUGGCUGUUCCCGGCCGGUGUCUACAUGUGCUUCCGCACUCUCCGCGACGAACAGGUCUUCAUCGUCAUCUACGCUGUGCUUGCCAGCUACUUCGCCGGUGUCAUGGUUCGUCUGAUGUUGACGCUCACUCCUGUGGUCUGUGUAGCCGCAGCUCUUGCUCUCAGCCAGAUCUUGGACACAUUCAUGCUAUCCAGCACCCCAGCGCCACAGCCUGAGCCCAAGGCCAAUGGCAGCACGAAUGGUUCUGCCAACAUUACCGACAAGAUUCAAGCUGCUCUUCCCGAGUCUCUGCGCUCAACCAAGGCGCCGCUGGUCGGCAUCUACAGCUACCUUUCCAAGUCUGUCAUUACUGGAGCCAUCACCGCUUAUCUCCUCCUCUUUGUGUUGCAUUGCACAUGGGUGACCUCGAACGCCUACUCCUCACCGUCCGUCGUGCUUGCGUCUAAACUACCCGAUGGCAGCCAGCACAUCAUUGACGACUACCGUGAAGCCUACUACUGGCUGCGGCAAAACACUCACCAGACUGCCAAGGUCAUGAGCUGGUGGGAUUACGGCUACCAAAUUGGUGGUAUGGCUGACCGAYCGACGCUUGUUGAUAACAACACCUGGAACAACACACAUAUCGCCACCGUCGGCAAGGCAAUGUCCAGCCGGGAGGAGGUGUCCUACCCUAUCAUGAGACAGCACGAAGUGGACUACGUGCUUAUUGUGUUUGGAGGACUGCUAGGAUACAGCGGUGACGACAUCAACAAGUUCUUGUGGAUGGUUCGAAUCGCUGAGGGCAUCUGGCCCGAUGAGGUCAAGGAGCGCGACUACUUCACUCCACGUGGCGAAUACCGUGUUGACGACCAAGCAACGCCAACCAUGCGCAACUCGCUCAUGUACAAGAUGAGCUACUACAACUACAACUCCCUCUUCCCAGCCGGUCAGGCCACGGACCGCGUACGAGGAAGCAAAGUCCCAGCCGAGGGACCCGAGCUCUCCACUCUUGAGGAGGCAUUCACCAGUGAGAACUGGAUUAUUAGAAUUUACAAGGUCAAGGAUCUUGACAACCUUGGCCGAUCGCAUCAAGAUGCGGUUGGGUUCGAGAAGGGCAACAAGAAGAAGGUCAAGGCGGGGAAGAGGAGAGGACCGAGAGUCCUGAGAGUUGAAUGA